ACUUUAGGUUUAAUAGCCCUUUUCAUCAUUCUAUAAUAUUUUAGAAGUGCGAUAAAAAGCACUCGUAAAUUUUUUUACCAGUGUGCGGGCGAGUGCGCGUGCGAUCGCACUCGUCACAAGGAAUGGCCUGCAUUAAAGUUUGGCUUGCUUAACAGCUGCAGAAAAAUUAUACGUAACUAUUUAUUGCUAUCAAGCUACUGAAAUAAAGAUCAGCAGUUUAGUGGAGCACUUCACUUUUAUUUUCAAUAGGAAUUUAAGGCAUUUACAGAUUCAUCGUUCAUGUAAAAAGCAUUUUAGAGGUUCUAUAGAUGCAUUUUCCUACAUUGCUGCACUACCAAAUAAUUCCAAUAAGGGUUUGCAAAUACCUAAAAAUGGAGAAACCGGCAAUGGAUAUAUAUUACUUUGUGUAGUGAUUAAUUUUUAUUUUCAAGAUGCGAAUAAAAUGGUGACUAACUGACUAACAAACAAGGAUUAUUUACCAGUUGUGGAAGAAAUCACAAUGUAAUCUACUGCUUACUGGGGAAAAUGGAGGAACUGGUUGAUGAAAGACCAAACAUAUUAGACACAAAGGAAUGGACAAGUCAAGAAAAUGUUCGCUCAUGGAUUGACAACUUGACAGAAAGUGAACUUGUGUCGCGUGCUAGCGAAGCCAGUUCACCCACGAAAAGCAGCUUUGAAAGUGAUGUGUUUCUCCAAUUGCCUUACGGUUUUGAAAAUGAUGACUUGAUACUUGGAGCUGAGGCUAGAUAUUUUGGAUUUAAUAACCACAGCAUUAUUUCACCACGACUUUCACCGCUCAUAUCGCAUGAAGAUAAUGUUUCUAUAGAAUAUCAAGAGCCAUACACGUCUAUUGAGCACAACGAAUAUAUUCAACAAGAUGCCGAAAAUGAUAUUGUCCAUAAAUUGGAGAAACACUUCGCAAGUUUGAAUGAAAGCAGAGAAUCCGUGGAUGAAAACAAGGAUGAUUUUCAAGAACAGAAAAGCAAGAGACCGAAACUGGCUCAUGUGAGUUCAGAGAGCUCAUGGGCGAGCAGUUUUGAUCACCCAUCAUCGCUGGCUGCUGCUUUACUGCCAGACCCUGAAGAGAUUCUGUAUAGUCUUGGUUUUUGUGACACCAGUUCAACCCUGCAAUUUAUUCCGUCACGUUUUUUUCAAACACCUUCGGAUGCCUAUGGUAUCAACGUUGACGAAAUUCAUCAUUCUUUAUUGCUGGAACAUCAGGAGUCUCUGAGUUCGUACGAGUCGUCACGUCAUAUUAUACACCGAUUUAGCGAGAGCAGCAUCGAACUGAACAGCUACACAUCCAGUGAAAGUACACACCUUAAUGCGAAAAAUAAACGAGUUUUGUUUCAAAGUAGUAGAAAGGAUAUGCCUUCAAUACAUCUAUCGCAGGAGGACAGCGAUCGGCCAGUGUCACCUUUAUCAGGCACCACAUCUGGUAGUUCCAACUGGAUGCGUCUGGAGACAUUGGAAGAACUGCCCGAACCGAGCAGUCGAAACAGUAGCUUCGAAUCCGAUCGCUUAACGAAUCUUACUAUCGCAGCAUUUCUCGCUGCGUCUAAAAAGGCAAAUCUUAAUUCAGAUGACGAAGGUAGCUCCUCUUCACGACGAAACUCGUCUAAUAGUCGUGUCGACACGCUGACUGAUGAAAAUACUAACGACGGCAGUGACGAUAAUAUUGCUACGAAAUCCAUGGAAGAAAAUCAAGAUGCGCUCAACGAGAACUAUUUACAUAUGCCGGUUACGUAUAAACGGUCAAUCAGUGACAAAAGUAUAAGUAGCAGUGUGGUGACGGUUGUUGAUGCUGACCCUUCCACUUUGUUUAAACCAAUCACAAAUGAUCAAAACUGUGAAUUAGAAUUGUGUAAACAAGGCGUCGAUACCUGCGAUGCUGAAAGUGAUACCAAAGGUACGCCAUCUUUAAGAAGACUUUCUUUCAAAAUGAACAGAAGUAAGAAAGUGGACUCCAAUGAAAACAUUGACGACUCUGCUCAAAAUACUAACGUAUCAACAAGCAGUGAUAAUAUAACGACAAAUAGUAACGGCGAUAGAAGAGAUUUUGACGAAAUAGCGCCGAUAUCGAAUGCCGAAAACGUAUCAACAACGCAAGGCACGAGGCGUAAGAGUUCGAAAUCGUUAAACGACUCUUUACGAGAAUUCUUUCGAAAGUUAAAAAAAGACGUUUCCGAAGAGCAACCAGACGGUACUAAGGAGGCAAUACAGGAAUCUCCUUGUAUUCAAAUUGUUCUCACUCCUCCGGAGCCAGCAUUGGAUGAAAGCGUUUUGCUAGGAAUGGAUAAACAAUCCAAUGAAAAUGCGCCUAAGACAGAGAGUAAGUCAGUAAAGAAAGGAUACUUUAGCGCCGCAAUCAAUUCCAUAUCACAUGCCAUUAGUAAAUAUCACGAUUCCAAACAAACAAACUGUGACCACGACGCGAAGCAGACAAAGUGUGACCACGAUUUAAAGCAGGCAAAGUAUGACCACGACUCGAAACAAGCAAAUAACGACAAGAAGGUAAUUCAAGAAGGAGCGCAAAGUGAGAGCAUAAAUCAAGCAAAACCUAAAAUCCCAUUAUUUCGUAUUUUUAAUCAUCAAACGUUGCCUGUGCAUUCGAACUCUGCUUUUUCUGCUUUCGCCUCUGGCGUAGUGGACGGUAGAUUAGAUAUCGAGUUGUCAGAAGAAAACAAUAACGACACCACCGGUGAGAAUGAAGAUGAUAUAAUCCCGACCCACGCCAGCGGUCAAUUUGAAGAACAGUUUUUGAUGUCUGAUUAUAGUUUUGAAAAAACACGGGAAUCCCCCUUAGGUUAUAUAGCCGAUUCUCCAUCUUCUGAUGACUGCGCAUGCCCAGUGGCAUCGACCACUACAAAGAAAAGGAAACUCACUACAAAAAGGUUAUCUAAAGGUCAUAGUUUUGAAAGCAGUGGCUUCGAAGAAGACCAUCACACUGUCAAAUGUCCGGUUGAUAAUUGCUAUAUAAGACAUGUAAAAGGGACAAAACAUGGCUUCCUUACUAGUACGACACGAUCUGAAAGUGGUAUGGGAAAAUCACUAAGAAACGACACAUCAAGCCCUAGUGAUAGAAAUAUGCUGAUGACGCAUGCGCACUAUGAUUUUCUUAUUCAACAAUUUACGUCGCUGCGAACAGAAAUGAGAGAGGGGUUCAGUAGAAUGGAAGGAAAAACCAAUCUUUUAGAAACGAAUUUUGCAGGAGAAAUAAAAAAGACUAAAGAAAUUGUUGUGAACACGCAUAUGGAGUGGCUGUUAAAAGAAGUGGAUUCUUUAAGACGAAAAUUGCAGGAAAAAGACGACGAAAUUGAGAGAUUGCACAAGGUGAUUGAUAGCUAUCAAUCUUCCAACUGACAUAAUGACGCACGUGACUUAACAUAAAUCAAUAAAUAAUAAAUUAAAAAACUUUUUAUAAAUAUAUUUUUUUUAUUUUUAGAAUUUUUUUCUUUGGAUGUUAGAUUUUAGUUGCAAGGCAUAUAUUUAAAAUAUUUUUUGGGAACAAGAGGCCUGUGUAUAUAUAUAUAUAUAUAUAUUGGUAUGUUGCACGUAGCUGACCUGAUCGCAUCAAAACGAAAAAUGCGGCAGAAAAAAAAUGUGGCGCUGAGUGAUGCUUUCAACUUUUUUUUUUGCGCUUAGCCCCAAAUAUUUUUUAGUCAUUGCGUAUCUGGGAAUUUUACAUAGGGAGAAUUACUUAUUUUCAAAAAUUUCUUUAUUUAUACCAUUUAUUCUCCCCCAAAAAUUGUUAAAAAAAUUAGCAAUAUUAAAAAAUAAAAAUAAUAAAUACAAAGUCAGCAUACUUAUGUUUUGGCCAAUCAGUUUAUGUUCCUUCUGAUGUUUAUCAGUUUUUGUUCCUUCUGUGCAGUAUGGAGGUACAAGGUAGAUCAUGAAUUCAGCCCUCUCACAUUUAUAGGUGUUUAAAUUAAGUUCAAGUUCUUUGUGAAUAUACGAAGAAUGAUGAAAGCAAAAAAGAAACAAUAUUUUUUAUGUUCCUCACAGCAACAGCAAACACCUUUUUUUAUGUAUUGUAUAUUUUGUAAGCUUUUGACUAGAAAUAGACUAUUUUCUUGUUAA